AUGACCGUGCACCGGGCCAGUUUUCGCGAGUGGCCGUGCGUGGACCGGACGCUGACCGCGGUGCAAUGCGAUCACGAGCUCGUGGGUGGCUCUCAGGAACCCGUGCAGAACGUGACGUCGCAGAGACAUGACUUCGUGGCCAAGUGUCUGCCUGAGGCCGAACGGCAGCGGUCCACCAGGUCGGAGCAGACCAUAGGCACCAACUGCGGCAGCGGAGCUUGCGCAAUGACGGGCAACACCACGGCCGACGCUUUCGGGAUUCCGUAUACUAACGGACGACGGCCAGUGGCGCGGCCGUACCCCGCCACUUGUUCGCAGGGCUCAAACUUGCUGAUGGCCAAAGAGACGGAGACCAGUUCGAGUUACCAUCAGUGGGGCCCUCUGGAGUUGUCCCGGCCACGGUCGCUGGCUGCGUACUGCCGGUCGGGAGAGCCCGUCAACGGACGCACCGUGUACAAGGUCAGUACCGGCCACCCGUCUCGUUCCGUACACUUUUUGGCCCAUCAGAUAAAACUUUAUUGA